AGGCAGGGGGGAGCAGGCCGCUCAGUGAGGUGCAGAUUUAUACAGGGAGCUGGGGCCUCCGGCAGCAGCAGUGUUGAGCAGGGACGCGCUGAUCAGCAUCAGCACUUCUGCCGUUCACACGCUGAAGGUCGCCCACGACAUCACCGUGAGCUUCCCGAAAGAGACGUGUUAUUUUUCACAUUCAUCCUUUCUCUGAGCGGAAAAGGACUACAGUCAACAUCAGUCAGCAUGUUUCCAUGAUGACAGACUGUGUGGAAUGAUUCUCUCCACAAAAGGAGUCAGCUGCUCUAAGUUAACAACCCAAGAUUGAUUUUGGUCAAUUCCUGACAUCACCAGCAUCAGCUUCCACCGAGAAAAUGCAACGCCUGAGGUCGCAUAUUUUCGAAGGAGGCAUAACAAGGCAGUUGGAGGCAGAGAGGCGUGAGUCCAAGCGUGCAGAAGCUAGGCUCCAGAAUGGAUUACAGAAUUUGGAGGAGGCAAGAUUUUAUUGCAUUGACAGAAUGAUCAAAGAACAAAGGCAGAUCCAGAGAGACCUGAUAAGAAUAAAAAAUGGUUAUUCCAAGAAGGCAUUAGGAAAUCUCAGAAUGCUGUAUCCUGAUAAUAGCACUUCGACCAGAGGGAAGUCUGGCUUGAGUAAUCUCAUUUUGCCCAGCAUUCCGGGCGUGAAUAAUCACGCUGUCAUACUGGAAUCAGAAAGAAUCAGGAUGCAGAGCUGUUACUCUACAAAGGCUGGCAGGAUUGUGAUGCCACCUAGUGCCUCGCUCACUUUGCAGACACAGAUAAACAACUUCCUCAAUGGGUUGAGCAGCAGGCAGGAAAAGUCUGACGGGCACCCGGGUGCAAGACAGAUCCAGCCUGACACACCAUCCAGCAAACUCAAAGCCGAAACCUCAAUCAACAGCAUCAAGUUAUCAGCACUGAAGCACCCCAACACCAAACACGUGAGUAUUUCAGAGAAGUCAACAGUCCUGGAUGAGGCCAGUGGGAGAGAAAACCAAGGUGUAGUUGACCAAACAGAGCAAGAAGCAAGCGAUGUCGAGACUGAUGGCAGCGAUCAAGCCCAAGGACAAAGCAGAUCCAGGGAGUCCACAAGCAGCCCACCGCUCUCAGCUUGCCAUGAAAACCCUGGAUACGAUUCGGAGUUUUAUGCUCCAGAUGGGUUGCCCAGAACCAUGCAUACCAUGCCCAGUUUUCUGGAAGCCUUUGCGGAAGCGAAGAAAGCGAGGUACAUCAGGCACCGAAUCAAACCCGAAGAUGAGAGGGAACUCUCGAUCAGCGAAAUCUUUGCGAAGAGAAAGGGCCUUGCUCGAGAUAUCACUGUCAAAGAGUUGGAAACCAACAAGGAAACGCUCUUCCCAGGAAUAAAUGCAGCUUAAAGGAAUAUUCAAGGAUCCAUUCAAACAAAUGAAAAUAAAUUCUGUGCCAUAAUGACAACAUUCUCCUUCAGGAGAUUGGUCCCAAAUGUGCUUGGGUUGACUUUGCAGUGGUUGAGGUAGGAUAAUGCCCCAUGCUCCAAUGUUGACCUUGCGAGGUAGCUUACAAAGGGGCAUGGGAGAGCACCGCGUUAGCUUGGCACUGGCAGGUGGAAGUAUGACCAGACACACUUGUCCAAUUGAAAGAUGUCAAAUAAAUUUCUGCCUUGACCCAUGCACUGGUUCAAUCAACCCAAAGCAAAAGGAUCAAUUUGUGUUUCAUGGGUGAAAAAAAAUUGCUGAGUUGAGCCUCUACAUGUGCAUUUAUAGAGUAUAGCUUACCUCAUUGAACUUGCUGGCCACGCUACAGCAUUGCUGCCUUGUCCUGAUUUCUGACUUCCUGCAACGUAUCCUUGGCAUUUUGUACCCAAGAAAAUAACAAUACAUAAUACUGAAGAAAAACCACAUAAGACUCGAAACACUUAUUCCAUUUCUGUCUCCCCAGAUGCAGCCAGGCCUGCUGAGUUUCUCCAGCAUUCUGAGUUUGUUUUAGAUUUCCAGCACCUACAGUAUUUUGCUUUCAAUACAUAAUACUUAUCUCUCUCAGUCUUGAAAGUUCCCAGUAUCUGGGGGAAGAGAAUUCCAAAUACCUAUUACCCAUUUCAUGAGAAACUUACUUCCUGAUUUUGCCACUGAGCAACCUAGUUUUUGAUUCUCUCAGCAAAUUAAAUAGACUCUCCAUUUUAACCCUGUAAUAUCCUUUUAACAUUUUAAAUACUUUAAUAGGAACAUUCCUUCUGUACGCAGAAUACAAACGUAAUUUGUGCAAGCAUAACUGAACUCUCCAAGGCCUGGCCUCAUUUGGAUAAAACAUGCACUGGACUUGAAACAUUAAUAUUGUUUUUCUCUCUACAGAUGUUGCAAGACCUGCUGAGUUUCUCCAGUUUGUAUCAUUCUGCUGAAUCAGUCCCACAUUUCUUUAAGGUCGGUGCUUCUUAGCUAAAGUGCAGACAGCAUUAGUCUAUUUAGUGUUGGGAGAAAAGGAGUCCUUCUGCCUGAACACUCAUUACUUUAAAAAUUAACCAGAGCUCGGCUUACCAUUUGGAGCGUGAAUACACAGAGGUUAUACAUCAUUGACUGAGGGACACAGGUGGUAGUAACUUCGGUUGCUAGCUGUAUGCCAUAUUCCCUCAAGCCAAGGCCUGUAACUGCAGUGUAGAUUCAGCUUGAAGUUCUGCUCUCCAGCAGCCAAACAGGAAGCUCAUUUCACUAAAGUAAAGGUGAAAAGUUUCACCAAAUGGAUAUUAAAUACGAUUGGCUGAGAUGUCUGUGCUAUUCGUAACGUAUGUUAUUCAGCAAUUUAUGAUGAGACAGAAAUAAUCCAUGAAUUGUGAACUUCAGGACAAUUGGAACCAGUACAUCUGCUCACAUUCGGAAAAUUCCAUACCUGUCCAUUUCUGUUCCAGCCCCAAAGCUGUUUUACAAAGAGGACACAGUGACAGUGUAACAGUAAACCAGAACUGAAGAGGACUUGCAGAUCAAGAGGCAUCUAACCUUCACUUAUUUAAAAUAUAUUGAUGAAAUUUAUGACAUAGUAGACUAGUAAGUAAUGUUAAUAAAAUGUAAUGUUAAUUCUUAAUUUCUCAUUUUUAGCAUCAAUGUUAAUUAAAAUACUUUUUAAAAAUAUUUAGGCAUGACAAUGAUACUUUUAGUUGAAACCUUUAAGACUAAGUUGCAAAAUAUAGGUGUUCCAAGGCAAAAUAGGGGUCUACAAAAUGAAGUAGUCUCAAGUAAAAUGUACAUAUAAAGCUGUGGUAGAACAAAUUACCUUGAACAUUUAUGUUCCAAGUUGGAGCCUGCAGGUAAAAUGCAAAUACUGUAAUAUCCUAUUUUGUAUUUAUUGUGAGGCUUCUGAACAUUCAUAGCUUCUACUUUCAAACUGUGAGCAGCACAAUUUAUUAGCAGACAAGUACAUCAUUUCUCUGGUUUUCUACAAUUGUGAGAUUUUAUGCUAUAAUACGUUGCUAUUUAAUAUAAUGUAUGAAGUAUUUUCACUGAAACACUGAGAUAUAGUCACUUUCUUGUCAUUUACAUGAACUAAAACCAAAAUGAGAUGUUUCAUUUCUUUCAUGGUCAUCAUGAUAACUUGUGAAGUCAUGGAAUGUUUGACAUAAGAUCACUAUUUUCCAAAAUCGGGAAAUGUAACUGUGACAAGCAUCAUUUGACUUUCUAAAUCUGUAUAUUAAUUAUGAAACAAAUAGUCUUCAAUUGUGAUGAGAAAGUUCAAACUAUCUUAAAUAAAAUCUUGAUUGUAAAUGUACAA